AUGACCGCUCGUUGGACCCCUGUCCAUCGCGUCAAGGACGAUGCAAUUUAUCUUGACGACUUUGAACUUUCUUUUCAUCGCACACUACGUGUACCGGAUAACCAUGACUCCUCAAAACUGCCUCCUUCGCUUGGUCGAUUCCCGCUUUGCAAUGCAGUAGACUAUGCAAAGAAUCUGCCAGAGGAGAUGGCGAAAAAGGGAGGUGUCUUUCUACCCAUGUAUCAACGAGAAGCUAUGUGGAUUAAAUUCGUUUCCAAAAAGCCCUAUGCUGUGCAACUCUUUGUCGGUGGCAUAAAUGCUGUCUCUGGAAUCCCCCUUGUCUCUCUCUCGGGUGAUCAUUCCCCAUCUCUGCCAAGUUCUUCAAUUGGAGAUCAGGAUUACAUGGUUAUCCCCGAGCAAAACUGGAUAGACGGGAUUGCCACUGCCCCAGGUGUUGUGCGUCAGUUCGUCGCGAUGCCGUCUGGCAGCGGUUACUCUGUUGAAGUACAGGCCACCGGGAAGGAGGAAUUUGCCGGAAUGUUGUUCUCGGUAACACCAAGGAUGGAGCCGAGCGUGAGCGGUGGAUAUCACCGAAGAGUGAGAGAUAUUAAGUUAAAAGUGACGGCGCUGGGUGGGAGGACGUUUACGAUCCCAGCGUCUCUGAAGGAUACUGUGGAUGAUGUCAAGUUCACCAUUCAGGAGAAAGAGGGGAUUCGUCCGGCUCAGUGUGAACUUAAACUGUUUGGCCGCCCACUCGAGGGAUAUCGAACACUAGAAAGCUACAACAUUGAAGCACUCCGUGGAGGUAUGAAAAUCUACAUCAAAACGCUAACCGGCAAAACUAUCGAAAUCCAUUGCGAGUCAUCUGACACCACCGACAACAUCAAGUCCAAAAUCCAGGAUAAAGAAGGGAUUCCUCCGGAUCAGCAACGCCUCAUAUUUGUUGGAAAACAAUUAGAAGAUGGUAGAACGGUGAGCGACUAUAACAUCCAACAUGAAUCAACGGUACACCUCGUCCUGCGGCUCCGCGGCGGCGGCGAGGCUCCCAAAGACUUAUUCGAAAACCAUGAAAUGGGCAUUGCAGCUGGCGGCCGCAUCGACCAGGUCAUCGAAGCCGACUCCCAAAUCCAUCAGUGGGACAGUUCCCAAACAAAAUGGUUCAAUGUCCAAAUCCUUAACUCCUCUAAAUUCAGGGAAGUAACGGGAUUGCGUGCUCCGGAAACGCCUGCAAAUGCGCGACUGUACGCAGAACAUGGGUAUCCUUUUUAUGAGCUUUGGGGGGAAGAGGAUAAGAAAGCUGUUGCCGGAGAUUUUAAAGGCAUAAAAUCCAUAGGCCAGAUUGACCGCGUAGUUGAGGCCCCAUUGAAGCUCAAAAACAUCAUCAAAAUUGGGCGCAAGAUCUGGGAAUCCAAAGCCAGCCCAUCUGGGGCUGAGAGGAAAGGAGGGCUGAGGGGAUUGUUCACAAGACGUGGAAGGAGUGCCUCAGCGUCACCAGCACCGAGCUCUUCUCCGAAUUCUCCGGUCUUGACCCCAGAGUCUGAGGUUUCCUUUUUUCAAGAUAGUAGGGGCUUGCCCGAGUUUAAGAGUUUGGCGGAGUUUGAAAGAUAUUUGGCCUAA